GUGACAGCCGCAGCCAAAUGGGCAAGUCAUCAUUUCAUAGGACCCAGCCUUUUUUUGAACUCUCUACUCUUUUUCGGAAACGUUUCUAUCUCUCUCAUCUUUCUUUUUCUCGGGAAAAUCCCUCCGAGAAAUUGUCUUGUGGGUCUGGUAUGCUGCAAGAAAAGGAAAAGAUGUCCGAAGUUGAUGGUCAUCCCCAGCAAGAAAAAAGCAGGAAGAGGUCCAUAGACCAGUCAUCUUCAGUCAUCGAUAUCAAGAUCAAGGGCCAGGAUGGCGUUGAGGUGUUUUUCAGGAUCCAAACUAACACCAUGCUGCUGAAGGUCUUUCGGGCUUACUGCCAAAAGCGAAACUUGGCGUACAAGACUGUGGAGUUCCUAUAUGAAGGCGAUCGCUUUCCUGUAAAACGAACUCCCCAUGAUGUAAAACACCUUAACAUGAGGGAUGGUGAUCAAAUCGAUGCCAUGACGCACCAAGAUGGAGGUGGGCUGUAAGGCAAAUGACUGCGUCCCAGAAGGAAUCUACAUAGCAAUUUAAAACAAAAAUAAAACCCUUGCAGAUAUAUACUUUAUUGGAUCUGUGUAAUGCAAAGGCAAAAGAAAAAGCAUGGAAAGAUUGUAAUGUUAGCUUCCAUUUAAACUAUUAACUUUUCUAUUUGGUGGUGUUCCUUUCUGGUUGAUAUGAAUAUGAUACAAACUCUGGAUAUUGUUCUUCACAUGUCUUCUAUUUACUCUUUUUUGUUUGGUUCA